AUGGAGCAAUUAUCAGAUGAAGAACUUGAUCAUGGUGCAGAAGAAGAUAGUGAUAAGGAAGACCAAGAUCUGGACAAGAUGUUUGGACAAUGGCUUGGGGAGCUGGACAAACUCACACAGAGUUUGGAUACAGACAAGCCCAUGGAGCCAGUGAAGAAAUCCCCUCUUCGCCAAGAAACCAAUAUUGCCAAUUUCUCCUAUCGCUUCUCCAUGUACAAUUUGAAUGAAGCCUUGAAUCAGGGGGAGAGUGUGGAUCUGGACGCCCUCAUGGCUGAUCUUUGUUCCAUAGAGCAGGAGCUCAGCAGCAUUGGGUCACAAUCAGCCAAUAGUGCUGCCAUGAAGCGUCUAGCCACAGAAACAAAAGUAGCUCAGAAACCACCUGCUGGUCGACUUUCCUGUAAACACAGCAGUAUAAAAGGAUCGUCCUCUUCAUCUGGUAGGGUAACUAAGCCUUCAAAUGCCAACUUUUCCUUGGAGGACAUUACUACCCAGUUAGAGAAGGCUUCUUUGAGCAUGGAUGAAGCAGCCCAGCAAUCUGUAAUGGAAGAUGCUAAACCUGUAGUUACUGCUCAGCACAGAAGGACAGCAUCAGCUGGCACAGUGAGUGAUGCUGAAGUGCAUUCUAUCAGUAACUCAUCUCGUUCCAGCAUAACCUCUGCAGCAUCCAGCAUGGACUCCUUGGAUAUUGAUAAAAUGACAAGACCUCAGGAACUGGAUUUGACACAGCAAGGGCAACCCAUUACUGAGCACUCCUAUCUGGACAGGGAAACAUCCCUUCUUCUGAGAAACAUUGCAGGAAAGCCUUCUCAUUUGCUGACCAAGGAAGAACAGGCUGCUAAACUGAAAGCGGAGAAGAUCAGGGUUGCUUUGGAAAAGAUUAAAGAGGCACAAGUGAAAAAGCUGGUAAUCAGAGUUCACAUGUCUGAUGAUAGCUCCAAAACUAUGAUGGUGGAUGAGAGACAGACAGUAAGGCAAGUGCUGGACAAUCUGAUGGACAAAUCCCACUGUGGCUAUAGUUUAGACUGGUCACUGGUAGAAACCAUAUCUGAAUUACAAAUGGAAAGAAUCUUCGAGGACCAUGAAAAUUUAGUUGAAAAUCUUCUAAACUGGACCAGAGACAGUCAAAACAAACUUAUAUUUGUGGAACGUAUAGAAAAAUAUGCACUUUUCAAAAAUCCCCAGAACUAUUUGCUGGGGAAAAAAGAAACCUCUGAGAUGGCAGACAGAAAUAAAGAAGUGCUGCUGGAGGAAUGUUUUUGUGGAAGUUCUGUAACAGUGCCAGAAAUAGAGGGAGUCCUGUGGCUGAAAGAUGAUGGCAAGAAGUCUUGGAAGAAGCGUUAUUUUCUUUUGCGAGCUUCUGGAAUCUACUAUGUCCCUAAAGGAAAAGCAAAGGUCUCACGAGAUCUGGUGUGCUUUCUUCAGCUAGAUCAUGUCAAUGUUUACUACGGACAGGACUAUCGGAACAAGUACAAAGCACCUACAGAUUACUGUUUAGUGCUGAAGCACCCUCAGAUUCAGAAAAAGUCUCAGUAUAUCAAAUAUCUCUGCUGUGAUGAUGUGAGAACUCUACACCAGUGGAUAAAUGGCAUCCGUAUUGCUAAGUAUGGGAAGCAACUGUAUGUGAACUAUCAGGAAGCACUGAAGAGAACAGAGUCAGCAUAUGACUGGACUUCCUUGUCAAGUUCCAGUAUCAAGUCAGGAUCCAGCUCUUCCAGUUUACCAGAGUCUCAGUCAAAUCACUCUAAUCAAUCUGACAGUGGAGUUUCUGACACCCAACCAACUGGCCAUGUCCGUUCCCAAAGUAUUGUCAGCUCUAUCUUCUCUGAGGCCUGGAAGCGAGGCACUCAGCUGGAAGAGUCCAGCAAGGCCAAAAUGGAGUCUGUGAGCCGACCUUUCACUUCACUUGCACCUGCCAUGUCCCCGCAAAUUAAAGUGGCUGCCCCAUACACAGCUUCUCAGCCAUCGCCUCCCCUUCCACCGCCACCACCGCCACCACCUCCACCUCCUCCACCCCCCCCUCCGCCGCCACCGCCGCCUCUUCCCAGCCAAUCUGUGCCUUCAACCGGCUCAGCAGCCCCCCUGUUUGUCAAGUACAGCACGAUCACGAGGCUGCAGAAUGCCUCCCAGCAUGCUGGGCCUCUCUUUAAACCUCCCCCCGUCACCCAGCAAAUGCCACCCCCCCCAGUGCUGGGAAAACUGCCCAUGCUGGUGGCUCCCCCUCCUCCCCCACCUCCUCCUCCACCUACCCCUGGAUCAGCUAUGGCACAGCUGAAACCAGCCCCCUGCACCCCAUCAGUGCCACCGUUCACCCCACCACCACCACCCCCUCUCAAAAUCCAUCAGGUUCCACAGAACGUUACUCCAGCGGCUGCAUCAUCACCACCCCUUCUCCCUCCCCCUGUGCCUGCAGCGCCUCCCUCCCCAGCCCCUCCUAAACCCUUCCUACCUGUCCCCACGCAGGCAAGUGUAAAGGCGGCAUCGCCCAUCGUGACCCACAUCCCACCACCCGGGCCCGUUCCCCUUCCCCCUCCCCCUGCAAUAAAAAAGCAGCCAAAUUUCACAGCUUCCCAAGUUCCUCCACCAGCACCUGUUCCUCCAGGGCCUACUCCCCCACCCACCUUACCAAAACAGCAGAGUUUCUCUGUUAAACCUCCCCUAACCCCUCAGUCUCCUGUGCCAUCUGUUGUGAAGCAGAUAGCCAGUCAGUUUCCACCUCCCCCGACCCCUCCAGCCACAGAGCCUCAGCCUUUAAAGCCUGUCCCAGUAAGUGGGGCGCCACAGUCUCCCCCAGCAGUGAAAGCAAAGCCCAAGUGGCAGCCCACCUCUGCUCCAUCUCCUGAUUUUCCUCCUCCUCCACCUGAGAGCAGCUUAGUGUUUCCUCCCCCACCUUCCCCAGCUCCCUCUGCAGCUUCUCCUACCCUGGACAAGGCGGGAACUCCAGUCAAAAAGGCCAGCAAGACCUCAAGUCCUGGAGGGAAGAAACCACCUCCAACACCUCAGCGAAACUCCAGCAUCAAAUCCAGCAGCUCUGCUGAGUACCAUGAAUCUAAGAGACCUUCGGUGGACAGUCUUGUCAGCAAAUUUGGACAUCCACCAGAGCCUUCAGGAUCUCCUUCCAAGGAACCUCCACCUCCUCCUGCAGCUCCUCCAAAGCCAGGAAAGCUAAAUCUUUCUGGGGUGAAUCUUCCUAUAGUUCUUCAGCAAGGAGGUAUUGCAGCAAAGGUACCUGCAGUAGGAGUGUAUGGGAAGGAGCCCAUGGUAGAAUUUCCUUCUCCUCCAUCCGAUUCAGACUUUCCACCACCUCCACCAGAAAUAGAUCUACCUUUACCACCUGUAGAGAUCCCAUCUGUGUUUUCAGAUAGCACUUCUCCAAAAGUUGCUAUUGUUAAUCCCCAGCCUCAGCCCUGGUCUAAAUCAUCAGUGAAAAAAGCCCCUCCUCCCACACGUCCCAAGCGGAAUGACAGCACCCGGCUUACGCAGGCAGAAAUCAUGGAAUCACAGGGGCCAGUCAGUCCACAAGUGCCCACCUCACCCAAGUCCAGCCUUAGUGUUCAGCCUGGCUUCCUGGCAGACCUAAACAGGACUCUGCAGCGGAAGUCCAUCACUCGGCAUGGCUCCCUCUCUUCUUCCCGUGUGUCCAGAACAGAGCCGACUGCCACGAUGGAUGACAUGGCAUUGCCUCCACCCCCACCGGAACUGCUUGUGGACCAGCAAAAGACUGGCAGCUAUGGAGGCAGUCAUAUAUCAGGCUAUGCAACGUUGCGGAGGGGGCCACCGCCUGCUCCCCCCAAAAGGGAUCAGAACACCAAGCUGUCUAGGGACUGGUAAUUAUUAGGUGAACUAUAUUUUGCGUGACUUUUUCAGUCAAUUCUACAAUCAGCAAAUCUGUACUUUGUGUGUAGAGAGAGAACAUGUGACCUGUGUGAUAACAUGAUCAAGAGGUGAUCUCCACCGUCACUAAGGGUAACUAUAUGCAUUCCCUUUCAGAACUAGUCCAAAAAGUUUGAGGGUUUGGGUUUGACUGUUUCAAGGGUGAGGAGGGGCAUUGUCCUCUCCCUUGCAAUUUCUUUUAUCCUUCAUAUGGAUUGGACCAAAAACCUUUCUUACUUUUUUUCUGCAUUUAAGAAAAAAAAGAAAUUUUUUGUAGCGUCUGUCCAUGUGAGAUAUGUUUGUGCAUGUAUUAUAAAUGUAGCUAUAUUAUAGAUUGUGAUAUUAAGUCGCAGUUAUAGAAGAUAACCAGAAUGUUUUUGUAGAUCUGUAUUUAUUGUUUCAGUCCACUGACGUAUCUAUUACUCAGAAUUGGACUCUAACAGUCAAACCUUUACAUGAAGAUGUAAGGGGCACUUUAAAUCAGAAAAGCAUCUUUUGGCAGUUUGUGACGGGUAAAUGGUACAGAAUUGUAAUAUUCUGUCAGUAUCUGUACAUUUUCAAUUGAUUGAAAAUACAGACACAACAUACCAAAACAUUCUGGUCGUAAUACUACUGAAAAUAAAUACAUUUUGGGGCGAGGGGAAAAAAGUUAUAUAUAUUGGGCUGGAGUGAAAUAUAUUUAUACUAUAAAGAGCCUCCCCCUCCAAAUAGUUGAAAACCACUCACAGCUCCAAGUUCCUUGCCCAUACAGUAAGUGGGAUAUAUAUAUAUUAUUCCAAUCCAAUACACAUUCUAAUGUGGUAAAAAGCCUGGUAGCCACAAUUCCUUACUUUGACCCAUUGGGAGGCUUAACGGUCUGUCAUGUGAUACAUCAGUACAUGUGUACAUCUUAUUGAAAAUACAGGUAUGUUUCUGUAUUCAGUAAUACUCUCUGCCACAUGCACACACUAUAUAUAGAUGCUCACCUUAUCUGUGCCUGAAGAGAUGAAUUAUCUUUACAAAAAAUGGCUGAGAACCCUUGAGGAAGCAUUGUGUGUAAUUCGCCAGCUGUGAGCUAGAAGCUUUCAUUUGGGGAGGGAGGGAUGGAAGUGGUAAUUUCAGUCCACGAAUAGCUAGGAACCUGUUUUCUUUGACCUUUUCAGACGGCAAUGAAUGCAUAAGCCUAUUAAUUAACAAAUUGCACUUCUGGCAGUCAUGGAAGAUGACUGAAAAAAUAUAUAAUUUGGGAACUGAUAAAAUCUGUUAGGAAUCCAGUUACAUCAUCAGGGGCCUUAUUAGGUGGAAAUAGAAUACUUUAUUUGAUUUGUUAUUUAUUUAUUGCUGAUUACAACCAUAAGAUCAAAAUAAUAGAAUCCUUUUUCUUGUAAUCUGCUAGUUUUUGAUUGUGCAGUCUUACCUGGGUAUCAGACAUUGUGAUAUGGUAGUAUACUUCGUAUAAGCGAUCUUGCAUCUCAUGCAUGUGCAGUACAGUGUACGUUGUAAAAUAACUCAAUAUUAGCACUGUACCUUAACAUGUUUGUUUGUGUGAAUUUCCCUGAUCACUAAAGGGACACUAUCAAGUUUGGGGUGGUCAGAUUUUUACUAUUUUUUCCUUCAAAAAUAAAUUCUAAAUGCUCUUAUUUUUUUCUCAAACAAGAAACCAAGAAAGCAGUCCAGAAAUCACAAGCAAUGCUGCAACAGAUCAUGUGCGUCGAAAAGUAGAAACUAAUAUUUGGUAAGAGAGAAUAUUUGCCAUUUGAGAAGCAUCGUUACAGCAUUCCCCCUUUUUAAAAAUAUAGUAAUCCACGUGAGGAAAUGAGUGUUUGAUUAGGAAAGAAGCUGUCACAAACCAUCUGUACUUGUAUAGUUCUAUAUAAGUGCAUUGUGAAAAGAGAAAAUGCAUGGUGCUGUCUCUGCUGACCUGUUUCAUAUGAUUUUGAAUCUGCUUCAGCACCUCCAGGAAAUGGUUGUAAUAUUUUAGAGUAGUUUAUUUGAGCAAUAAGAAUAUACCAUUGUGUGCAUUUUUAAAGCACUGCUGUGGAAAGGCACUUUUUUGUAUCUUUCAAACUGUUCACAAGUUUUAUUUAUACUAUUUUUGUGCUUAUAAAGUGUCCUUAAAAGCAUUGGCAUUGUUGAUUUUAAGCAUGCUCAGUUAGCUGAUUAGUGUCUUAUUAACAAGAUUGUUGAACUAUGCUACAAUUAAUGGGUGCUGUAAUUUUCUACAUUCUUCCUUCUGCUGCUUGGUACUGUAUGCUGGCCCUCGAUCUCGCACCUUCCAGUGGAGUUAAAGGUGCACAGAUAGGAAUUCUAGCCUCAUUGUUUUUAUUGACAAGUUUACCUAGUGAUCACUGCCAGCCAUGCACCCAUGUUCUCUGUGAGCUAACUCAGUUAAUUAAUUCUUUUAUCUUCAUCCUCUCUCCCCUCCAAUAACUCCACUGGUGUGUGUCAGCCCUAUCAUUCUUUCUUUUAUUCAUUUGAUGUAGGUGCCUCUGGGAUCUGUACUUGUUCGUAAUUAUGGCAGAGGAAUGUCUUAAAUGCAAUUUCUUCAAAGGCAGAUCAGACUUGUUCUCGGUUUCCUAUGAUCAAGUUCAUUUUUCUAAUACUUGUUUCCCAUGGGACCAUGAAUCUGUGCUAACUAAUGCAGGCCACUGAACUGUUUGCUGGAAGUCAGAAAACCAAACUCCAUAUUUGCAGCAAAAAGAGUGUGUCAUCCAGGGAACAGGAAUUAAUCUUUUUAUUUGUUAGCUUUGGGCAAUCCAACAGCCUUUUGUGUCUUUGAAGAAAUGCUAAUGCCGCAAAUUUCCACAGUUCCCAUGUAUUUUAUUUCUGUACCUGCAUGAGUUUUAUGUAAACCAAAAGAUGCAGUGAUCUUUUAGAAUAGUGUCACUGCAGGGGUUUUCUGAAGUUUCUCCUUGAGUUCUGGUUUUCCCUCCUCUUAUUUUUCAGCAUUUGUGUUCUUGGCAAAACUCUCUAUUUCAAGGUGCUGUAGUCUUUGCUAGCGUCUGUCCCCAGUCCAGUGCUGGUACAAGCUAAGUAGUAAAAACUGGCUGCAACGCUCUCAACGAAGCAUACUGAAACUAGACAACAGGGUGGCAAAAAUUAAAUUACCUGGUUGCCGUUGCAAACCUUGAGAUUCCUGAUGGCAACUUGCUUUUCCAACUUACUGGCUGUUCUGAUCUAGUGUUCAAAUAUAUAAGCCUUGUUUGCAAGUAAUUUUCUCCCUGCUCAUUGAUUUGGAAAUUGCCUCAUUUCUUCCCUCUCUUUUAACCCCUUUGCUUCCCCCCUCUCUCUCUCUCUCAUAGCAAGAAAGUAGUUUCUGCAAAGAAUAUUGACCAUAAAUUGGCCAUAAUUUGGGUUUAGUCAGCGUAGCACCUUGGAGCUGACCAGCCAUACUUUAGGACAGAUGGCUUGAUCCCACAUUAUUAACAAAAUACAGGUGUAGUUUAAAUUACUUUUAAACAGAUAUUUGCCACUUGCUAGGACCUCCACUGAGAGUGCUUUUUCUCUUGCAAGAGCAGCUGAUCCCAGAGCUGCAUUCCUUAGCCUGUUGUGAUGUUCUCUAUACCUAUUUUCCCAUCUGGAAAAUGGGGAUAAUGCCUGUCUACCUCACUGGGGUGUUGUGGGGACUAAUUAAUAUUUGAAUAUGUAAAACAGUAUUUUCACCAAUCUUGUAGGAGAAACACAAGCCCUGUGAUAGAGCCUAGUAUAGAAGCACAAGAGAAAAUGACAUCCGUGUAAGGAAAUGUGACUAUUCUAGUCAGCCUGUGUAUGUUGUUAAUGAUUUAGAAUCUGAAGCUCUUUUUCUGUUUAAAAAAAAAAAAAAAAAAAAAAUUUCACCUUUAAUCAAGAAACACUGAUAGGUCUGCAAGGUGCUUGGAGUUGCAGCUGCCUGAGGGACUAGAAUUGAUGUGAGAAUGAAUGUGUGUUUUUCAGAGCGCUUUGCUAAACCGAAGCCAGCCAAGACGGGACAGAGGUGCUUUCAAUACAGCAAGACCAGGCAGUGAUGCUUUAGGUUAGCUGACUGAUGCUCCUACUGAAUGUCAGUACUGAGAAAUACAAAAUAGGUAGGAAGAAAUCGCUGAGUGAAGGAGGUAGAGUGACAUGAACAUAUACCACAGUGACAGGCCACUAGAUUUCUCUUACGUUUGGGACAAGGUGGAACUCAGGGGCUAAAUGGCAAGUCUGAGGCCUCAGAAUAAGUACAGUGAGAAUUGAUGAGGUCAGAGAGUAAGUGGGGGAAAGAGAAGAGAGGACUAGGGAACAGCUCCUUAAAAUGAGAAAUAGGAGGAACUGGAGCCAAGUUUGGUUAUCCCUUCUAAUGUUGUCUGAGCAAGUAGCAACCACUAGUUGCUAAGUGCCACAGCCUAGUAGAAGGAGGCAGAAUUCAUUCAGAAGAAUGUAACAAGCAAAGCCAAGUGUGUACUGAAACAGAAACAGUGGAGGACCAGAACCAGGGAGCCCCUUCAGGGUAAAUUAGGAUGACUACAAAACACAAGAGUUGGCCCAUCCCAUUGCUCACCUGGGAGAAAGUUAUCCUGGUGCUGCUUCUCCUUGGUAGCACCUGUGGCCAUCAGCUAAAGGGGCAUUUCUGCCUCUGUUUGUAUUGCAGCAGGAGUCAUAGUUAGUCCUGUGGUAUAUUUUGCUGGGACUCAGUUACUUUAGAAAGACCGACCAGGCUUAAUUUCAUAGACUGUCAAUUAACUAAAAAAAAGUACUUUAACAUGUAGUUGAUCACCUCUGAAUAAAGAUCAUAACAGUUAUUGUGGGUGUGAUUGAAAUGCAGGUGUUUUAAAAUAGCUUAGUGUGGAAGUGCACACUUUCCAGAAUGAGUUUACAUGUAAAUUGGAGGAAUAGCUGACAUUUUGCUGAUGUCUUCUAGCAAGUAGGAGAACAUUGCCCUUUACUAUGAAAGUGGAGAGCAUUGAUCAUCCAAACACAAGCGCUGUGUCCUUGGUAAUGCUUUGCUUAUAAAACACUGUUGUUUUGCCACAGAUGGACAUUAGAGCUCUGAAUGUAGCAAAUAUGUCAACUUACUGCACUGAAUAUGUGGAGGUCUGCAAAGCUAAGAGAGCACCUCCAUAAUGUGCCCAGAGAGAACGAUCACCAUUUGUAGUGCAGUGCAGAAAAAAGCAAACUGUCCCCUAGGUUCAGAACAGAGAGAGAGAAAUCUAAACAAUUCUCAGCCAAGUGUAGUUUUGAAAUUGCUUUAGUGUCUAGUGCUUGGAUGUUCUAGCAUUGCACAGUAAGAAGCUAUUGUCAUCUUUUUACCUCAGUGCCCAGAGGUUAAAUUAAAUCCAAGAACAGUCAGCCUCAGUCUGGGUUGAAACUAUUUUCUUCCAUCAGAAGAGAAGUGAAAGUGCAGGUUCAGCACUAGAAGGAAAAAAUGAUUUUUUUCCACUUGUUACAGAAAACUGUGAAGAGCCCUAUUACAUUAGCAGGCGACAAGGUGAAAUUGUUUUUCAUGCAGCUGAAGUGGGCGCUAUCUUGUUAGUUUUUUUAUGCAGCCCUAACAUCCAGGAAUCUAAAUGACUAUUGCGUGAUACAACCACUCCAUCCAGAAUAACUCCAUUGAAAUCAAUACCGUUGCUCUGGAUUUGCAGUGAGGUGACUUAGAACAGAAUGUUUUGUAUUUGUCGGCUCUUGUUCAGACAGAUAUAAAUUCAGGGAAGUCUUAGGGCCCAUGCUAUACAGUAGGUCCGACUAGCUGAUCACCAUGGUAUGUUCCGUGGUAGAUAAGUAUCAGCUUUUAUAGAGCGGAGGAGGUCUGUUGGUCCUUGAUGGAGCAAAAGUCCGAUCUGAGCUGGAGUUCUGCGUGAAAUUGGCCAUAGUAUGUUCCAGUCUAUCUAUUAGCGCUACUGAAAAUUAAAUCCAAGGACACUUGUUUAUAAAUUUGCAGCGGGGUUGUUGCAACUCACUCUCUAAAUCUUUUUUGCAAUUUCACAAAUGUUCAGCAUGCAGGUUUUCCUUUUCCAUAAAACUAAAUUUGCUGAAAUCUCAACUAUUCAAAGUUUUGAUACUAGUAACUCUAAUUCAACAGCCAGCCAUAACCUGAGAUAAAGACCCAAAUAAUCUGUCCAUUUUUUUUCUUCUUAGAAGAGUACAUAUUAGUAAUUUAAGUGUUCCUCUACUGUUACUAACAGUCUAGCAUAUUAACAUUGAAGUGAUUUUAAAUAUUUUACAUCGCUUUUUAUUUUAUGAGGGGGCGCAAUUUUCUUCAGGCUGGACAGUAAAAAUAGUCUUAUAUGCUUCUCUUUAGACUCGUUUUCAGUUCCUGGUUCUCUCAAAUUAGGAGGAUGCUGUAGAGCAGAUGGGUGGCAAACACUUCAGGGGAAAUGUUAUUUCUGUUUCCUUUGAAACGUUUAAGCUCUGAAGGUUCCUGUCUGUAAAGCUUUUAUUUAUAACAUCGGCAUUUUUGUUGUGCAGUGACUUGCCAUCCCUUUCAAGUCUCUUCAUCUGGGGGGGUAAAAACAGCAAAGCAUUCCAGUAAUAAGUUACGUGGUGCUGAGAGCAAAGGGUUCUGCUGAUCGUUACAUCUCAUGAAUUACAGUCUUAGUUAAGCUUUGAAGAGAGAAAUAAGGACUGCAAAUACAUUUAUUCCUUGUAUAUUUAAAUAAAAAACACCACAGAGAAUGGAGCCAGUAAUGGUCCACCUGGAUUCACAUAGGAUCUAAUACUGGGGUUGGAGGUGGGGUGAAUGGAUGCUGUGGGUGUUUAGCACCUAUCAGGCCUGUGUAUGGUGCUUGAGAGGAGAUGCAGCAGAGGCUGGGCAGAAAGACUGUCAAUUACCCAAACACAUUCCUGCCUGGCUUUGAGGUGCAAUAUCAUAAUAACUAACGAACAACUUGCAAAUAGUGUUCCUGAGAUAAGGAACUACUAGUAUAAAAUUUCAAAAUCCUUGUUGAGACUACAACCUCAGCUGCACGGUGGAUGGAACACUGCUUCUGCCUGGUGUUUUAAGUCCUGACUAUAGUUUUAGAAGGCAUGAGGAUUGACUUCUUCCUCUACCAUGAGUAUCCACCACUGCCCUAGCUGCACUUCUUUGUGAUUACGCUGCUGCCUAACAAAGAUGUAGCCGUUAUCUGCUUUCUUGGUUCUUGAGAAUGAGCAUGUAGGAGUUGGGGUGCAGCUAAAUUAAAGAGGACAACAGGUGCCAGUGUACAGCAUGAAGAGCUAAGGCAGGUGUUUUGCAAGAGGUGGCAGGCUUGUGGCCCUGUGGGGUAGAUGCUGUUGCACAUUUGUAGGGUAAUAAUUAUCUAGACCAGUGGUUUUCAACCUUUCUUCAUUUGCAAACCCCU